CUGCUCUUUAUCAGUCAAGUGCGUUCUCGUGUGUCGAACGGUCCAACCCGCAUCGGUUCUCAGCCACCCACGUCUCUCCUCGCAUCCGUGCGUCCUUCUUCUUGCGACCUCGACACUGGUGGGCCCACUCAUCCCCCGCGCAACCGAUAAGAAGCCACCAGCAAGGUAUCCGUGGUUAAGAGACUGGACGAGACUCGCAGCACAGCUAAACUGGGCACGCUGGCGCAAAUACAUCGCAAUGUGUCUCCUUAUUCUUGUAGACUAAAGCUGACGGAAAUCGGACCAUCGGAACAAAAGCUGCCGCAGGUCGAUCCUGCACUCGACUUGCUGCGAGUUCAAGGAGACCAAAAGCAGCGAACGCGACAUGAUCGUGUUUCCAGCCUUGGCGAACGAACCCACGCCACUCAACGUCACGGACCUGAGGCACGACGGCAAGUCUCGCGUGAGCUGCAGCAACGACGGCAACAACAACAGCAACGUCAUCGGCGACAACAACAACAGCAACAGCAACAGAAGCAGCGCCGAGCCGACGAUGACGCCUGGCAAGGACGGCGUCGUCCUCUCGCUUGGCAACACAGGCGACGGCAAAUCCGUGGAAAGGACGAAACUGGACUUACCGUCGGUCGAGAGCCUCAGGGCGGAGCCCGCCAUUGUCAAGAAAAUCGCAGCUGGUCUUAAGUCGUGCGGCGUCAAUGGGAAUUGCAAGGAAUCAAAUGGGAAAUGCCCAGACCUCGGAUCGUUGUCAAGUGGAAGCUCCAUCGUGACUAUUUGCUCGGUCACGAAUUCCGAGCCUGAUCCAGAGCCCGAUUAUCCCACGGGCGAUGGCGCCGAUGAUCCACCGAAGAAGAAAAAGAAAAGCCGCCUCAUCAUCGACGAGACGUGGUACCAUACGGGAUUACAAAUCGCGGUGCCAUUCUUCAUUGCCGGAAUUGGCACGAUUGGAGCGGGUCUUGUUCUCGCGACGGUCAAGGAUUGGCUUGUCUUUAAAAAAGUAUCGCAAAUCUUCAUCCUGAUACCAGCGCUCCUCGGCUUAAAAGGAAAUCUCGACAUGUGCCUGGCGUCGAGACUGAGUACCCAGGCGAAUUUAGGCAACAUGAAAAACUACCGAGAAGUAUUGAAAAUGAUAAUCGGCAAUAUAGCUCUCGUGCAAGUGCAAGCUAUCGUCGCUGCAUUGCUAGUCGCUAUAUUCGCAACUGCCGUUGGUACGAUUAUGGAUGGCAAUAUUUCCUGGGAUCACUCGUUGCUGUUGAUAACAUCCAGCAUAUGUACGGCCACUAGUUCCUGCUUUAUAUUAGAUUUCGCCAUGAUUGCGGUAAUUAUGGGAGCGCAUUAUAUGAAGAUGAAUCCAGAUAAUUUGGCCACACCAUUAGCGGCGUCGAUUGGCGAUGUUGUUUCGAUUAGUGUUUUGUCAACUAUAGCUUCGCAUUUAUUUUUAAAGCUCGAAACUGAUAUCUGGAUUUUCUACACAAUAAUCCUUAUAUUUUUUAUACUUCUUCCAAUUUGGAUCUGCAUCGUUUUAAAAAAUAAAUACACGAGAAAUGUAUUAACGUCUGGCUGGACUCCAGUUAUUUCCGCGCUCUUCAUCAGUGGUCUCGGUGGCUUGAUCCUUGAUCAAGCUGUUGACAAUCUCAAAGGCUUCGUCAUCUUUCAACCGAUCAUUAACGGAAUCGGCGGCAAUUUAGUAUCCGUUCAAGCUUCUAGAAUCUCGACGAUGUUGCAUCAGUCGACGCUUAUUGGAAUCUUGCCGCCGUGGACGAAGACGUGGGUCACACCGUGGACGGCUCUAUUCCGUGGAACGCCCUCGGCUAAAACGUCAAGACUCCUCAUCGGCAUGUCGAUACCUGGUCAUUUGGUAUUUUCAUUUGCUGCCGAUUAUAUACAAUGGGGCCAUUCAACGAUACACAUUUACUUUGUGCUAUCAUAUUUGACUGUAGCCGUCUUACAGAUAAUGCUGUUACUGUACGUCGCGCAUAUAAUGAUUCACGCAAUGUGGAAGUACAAGAUUGACCCUGAUAAUUCAGCAAUCCCUUACUUAACUGCACUGGGCGACCUGACUGGUUCAUUGCUGUUGGCAGUGGCCUUUUUGUUCCUCCGCAAUAUCAACAAGGAAUACCAAACUUAAUGUUAAAUACCCUUCCUAAUGUUAAUCGUGUAAAAAUUGUCAAGAUCAAUGAGAUUUUCUUUUCAAUUGAAGAAGAAAAGCGAACGGCCGAAAAAGACAUCUGUUCUUUGCAAAUUGUUAUUUUUUUUUACAAAUCACAGAUUGUAACAAAGCGACCGUUUGCCGCAUUAUAAAUGAGAAUUUGGAAGUCUCAAUAUGCAGAAAAAUCGUCGUUGUGAUAAGAUUAUACCGCGAUCGCCUUUGAUUUAUUAACGGUUAUCUCAUGUCCGUGCGCACACA